AUGGGGCGCGCCUGGGUCCUGCUCACCCUGGGCUUGGUGGCCUGCGUGGCGGCGGAGUCGAGGGCAGAGCUGACGUCUGACAAGGACAUGUACCUGGACAACAGCUCCAUUGAGGACGCGUCCGGAGUGUAUCCCAUUGAUGACGAUGACUAUGCUUCUGCAUCAGGCUCUGGAACGGAUGAGGAUGUAGAGAGUCCCGAGCUGACAACGACUCGACCGCUUGCAAAAAUCCCGUCCUCCAGUGCUGCUCCCAGAGUGGAAACCACGACGCUGAAGAUGCAGAACAAGAUACCUGCUCAGACGAAGUCACCUGAAGACGUUGUUGAGGAGAAAGAAGUUCACCACCCUGACUCAGAAAGGAAAAGGGACCCAGAUGAAGAGGAGACAAAUGUGUUCACUGAGAAGCACCCAGACAAUCUCUUUAAAAGGACUGAAGUCCUGGCAGCCGUCAUCGCUGGCGGAGUGAUCGGCUUCCUCUUUGCCAUCUUCCUCAUCCUGCUGCUGGUGUACCGCAUGAGAAAGAAGGAUGAGGGGAGCUAUGACCUCGGAGAACGCAAACCAUCCAGCGCCGCGUACCAGAAGGCACCCACUAAGGAGUUUUAUGCGUGA